AGACACAUGAGAUGUGCAAAGGAGUUGCAUGGCAGAUAAUUGAAUGUUCAAUUCCUACAAAAUCAAAUCAUCUAAGAUAUUGAUUAAAGAAAAUCAAGACAGUCGACAGAUUCCGUUUUCUCGGGUGGUGAAGGAAAAUCAAAACCUGCGUGAGGGUAAGAAGAGUUUGCUAUGAAAAUCUUGGUCGUUAGCCAGAGAGUUCAAUUACCGAUGGGAGUGCGACAUCGGGAAAGAUCCAGACGAAAUGGGUUGGCGACGCGUGUCUGAUCCUCCAUCUGAAUCGCCAUUGUCGCGGAGUUCAUGUGGAUGGAAGAGAUAAAUGGAGCAAGUAUCUCCACAAAGAAUAAAAAAUCAAAGAUUGGAACAGGUAUUGGUGGUGAAGCUGGCACAGGCACAAAAUCAAGAGAUAACUCCAUUGCUAAGAGUGUACCUUUUCAAUUGGGAUCAAAAUGUGAAGCUAAGUUCAAAUCUUGCAAAAAACCAGAGUCCUUUCCUCCUAUUUCUCCCUUCUUCUCACCUCCGUUACUUUUCCCCGUUCCGCUGAAAUUUAUUUGGAUUAACAAAACGAAUGAGGAGGAUGUGGAAGGAGGCGAUGGACCUGAGCUAAAUGCGGAUGGAAGUCGCAAAGGGUUCAAUUCCUCAACUGUGAAAAAUCCCCAAGAAAUCGACAAAUCCGAUGCAGAGGAAGAGGAAGAGGAAGAAAACGAUGGGAAAUAUGGCCUUCUUAGUGCUGAAGAUUCACUGAAGGAGGUCGCUGAGAAAAAUCCGAUAAAAUUAAAUGCAACCUAUGACAACUCGGGGGCCCAAGGCAAUCAAGGCAAAUGUAUCUCACCAAACGAUGGAAACGAGCCAGAAAACCCUGAUGAUUCCGAUCGAGCAGGUCAUGCCAAUUGGGUUGGCAGGAUAAUAGAGUUUGGGUCUUAUUGGAAAGAAGAGAAGAAAUGUGAUCAAAAUUCUUCUUCAAAUGGAGCCUCCAGCUCAAAGACAGAACCCUGCCUGCCCCAACAGGGUGAUUCCUCCUCCGAAAUGAGUGGAAGCAACAGUGACUCCAAUCAUCCUGACCACGGUUCCAAAUGUCAGGAUGAUUUUUUGUGUUAUCUGAGGAAACAAGAAUCUAUCAAUGAAGUCACUUAUGACAGGGAUUCCUUCUCUAGGUUACUGCAUCCAGUAUCUUUGCCAGAGAUGAAGGUUUACGCCCAGAUGGCAUUUCUCUGUGACCAGGCAUAUUCAAUUCCUCAGAUUAAGCCAGCAAAACUCUGGAAGCUCUAUCGACUCCGUUAUGUUACUUCAUCCUUGGACAAGACAACUGAAACAAUUGCUAAUGUUGUGAGCUCGAGGUCAACUGCAAAUGCUGAAUUGCAAUCUUCAAUCCCUUCGGAGACUGAAGGAGAGAGCAAUUCUAGGAGUAGGGGCAAAGGUGGAAAUAACUCUAGGCUAUCUUUGAGCCCUAGUGUGGCUUAUGAAAUGGCUGCAUCUGCAGCUUCUUACAUACAUUCACAAACAAAAUACAUCCUACCCUUUAAAUCCGAGAGAAGAAAUCCAGCAGAAAAUGAUGAAAAUUUGAAUACUGGGACAAAACAGGAUGCAAUAGCAGACACAGAUAAUAAUCAGAAGGAUAACGAAACUGAGAAGGAUGCAGAAGAUGCUUCGGUGGAACAAAGAGCACCUAAUAUAAAUAACACUCAACAGAGAUAUAUAGCCUCACAACAAGCUGAGCCUAGCAAGCUCUCUGGCAUACCCAAGUCAGAGAUGGCUGCAAUUGUAGCUACCUCGUCAGUCACUGCUCUAGUAGCUGCUGAAGACGAAGCGAAACAAGCAGCUGCAAGAGAUUUGCAGUCAUCACAUUCUCCUCCUCUUUGUGAGUGGUUUAUAUGUGAUGAUGACAGCAGCUAUACCCGUUACUUCGUUAUUAAGGGAUCUGAUUCAUUCGCCUCAUGGCAAGCAAACUUGUUCUUUGAACCCAUGCAAUUUGAGGGCUUUGAAGUGCUUAUACACAGAGGAAUUUAUGAGGCUGCCAAGGGAAUGUAUGAACAACUCUUGCCUGAGAUUCUCUCUCAUUUGAGAAGACAUGGGGAGAAAGCACAAUUUCAAUUCACAGGUCAUUCAUUAGGAGGAAGUCUUUCGUUGCUUCUAAAUUUGAUGUUGCUCAUAAAGGGGGUGGUCUUGAUAACAUCACUUCUACCAGUUAUAACAUUUGGUUCACCUUGUGUUAUGUGUGGAGGAAACUACCUGCUCCAGAAAUUAGGUUUGCCCAACCACCAUGUACAGGCUGUUAUGAUGCACAGAGAUAUUGUGCCCCGUUCCUUUGCAUGUAAUUAUCCAAAUCAUGUUGCUGAAGUUUUGAAGAGGUUAAAUUUUAGUUUCCAAGAUCACCCUUGUCUUAAUUUCCAGAAUUUUUUGUAUGGGUCCACGGGUCAGCUGUUGAUCUUGCAGCCAGAUGAGAAAAUUUCUCCUCCUCAUCCAUUACUAGCUUCUGGCUGUGGUUUUUACAGACUCCAUCACGUGAAGCAGGAUGGUAAUGAACAUGAGAAUGAGCUUUCAGGCACACUUCAAGCUGAAGCUGCUCAAAGUGCCUUUUUGAACACUCCACACCCACUUGAAAUUCUUAGUGAUAGGUCUGCUUAUGGUUCUGAGGGAUCCAUAGCUAGAGAUCACAAUUCAAUUAAUUAUUUUAAAGUAAUCAACUACAUUCUUCGGCAACAGAUAAAGCAUCUAAGAAAGUUGCGAAGGGAGCAAAGGAGGCAGGUAUGGUCGUCUUUGGUCACUGCAGAUUCUCCCAAGUCUUCACAGAAGCCCUUCAAAGUAGCUAAGGAGAAUAAAAUGUCCGAAGAUUUAACAGGUACCUGCAAAUAACGUGUGUCAAGUUUCUGCAGUCUCAUGGUAAAUGCUCUUUGAUGUAGUUCGAUGGAACCUGGAUAUGAUUCAAUUCAAAUGUUUUAAAUUUUUGCAUGGUUUAUCUGUAUUACCUUAAGAAUUUCAAUAAUUUAAACCAUUAAGUUGCUUAUG